GACGCGCGCCUUUCCUGCUCUACGCUGGAUACAGCUCAGUAGAUCUCAUCAGUUCCCGCUUAGCUCGGCUUUCGCACUAUUUACUAGCAGUUCAAACAUGAUUUCAUUUGUGAGUAUAUUCAAAGACUUCGAGGCCAUCUGAGCGUGUUAGAGUGUCAGGAAGGAGUGUUUGAGGAUGAGUGUGAACAGGGAGCAGGGGAGUUCACGAAUUCUGCCCCCACGCAGCCUGGACCUCAAACAAAACUACAAUGCCAGCACAGGAAAACUACAGUCCCUAGAAUCCCCCAUGACCAUAUCAUCUGACCUCAGGCAGGACUUAAGCAUGAUGGAACAAAGGAAGAGGGUCACACAAACACUGCAGAGCCCGGUAUUUAAGGAUGAAUUGGAGUGUUUGGUGAGGGAGCAGAACUCUAAAUGCAGUGGGUUAUUCACUCUGAGCCACAUUGCUGACCUCAUCAUCAACAAUACACUCACACACACUACAGCACACAGCUAUAAUGGUGUUGGCUCUGUGAGUCCGGUCAAUGAUGUGUGUGGGUUGGAGUGGUUCUCUAAAGCAGAAACACAGAGCCGCUGCAAACUGGCAAGCCUCUACCGUCUGUUAGACCUGUACGGAUACGAACAGUUUACCAAUGCCUAUAUUACUGUGCGUUUGGGCAGAGAGCAGGAUCAUUUUCUGAUUCUUCCUCGAGGUCUGUCCUUCUCUGAGGCUACAGCAGCUAGUCUGAUGAAGGUGAAUCUGAUUGGACAGGUGCUGGAACACAACUCAACAGGACUGGAUGUUGAUGAACCAGCAUUUAAACUGCAUGCUGUGGUUUACUCUGCCCGUCCUGAUGCCAAGUGUGUUAUACACACACACACACCUGCUACUGCAGCUGUCUCUUCCAUGAAGUGUGGCAUCUUGCCCAUCUCCCAUGAAGCUUUGUUGCUGGGGGAAGUGACCUACUUCACUUACCAUGGUGAAAUAAAUGAUGGGCAGGAGAGGGUGGACCUUCAGAAGGCCUUGGGCCCAAACGCCAAGGUUUUAGUGUUGAGGAAUCACGGAAUUCUGACAUUUGGAGAAACAAUAGAAGAGGCCUUUCAUUAUGCAUACCACUGCAAACAAGCCUGCGAAAUACAGGUAAGCGCACUGUCAUGUGCAGGUGGUGUAGAGAACUUGCAUGUGCUGGAUAGAGAGAGUGUACGGCUCCCUCCCUUGCUUUCAGCUGGGCAGCUGGGGGAUGGACAGAUCAGAUGGAGUGUGGGAGAGGCAGAGUUUGAGUCCCUAAUGAGGAUGCUGGAUAGCUUAGGUUACAGAACAGGUUACGCCUACCGCCAUCCUUUACUUAAAAUAAAACCUAACCACCAUAAUGAUGUGGAGAUCCCAGCAACUGUUACUGGAGUAGGACAGGAGGAACAGGAAGUGUUUCCAUGGAGUUCUUACCCAUUACUGGGUCAGAGGCGGGACAGAGGAAAAAUGCGAUGGCUGAACUCCCCAAACAGCUACAUGAAGGUGCACAUCCAGGAGAACUUGAGCAGCGGAAUCUUCAGUCCACACACCCGGACCAUGUGGAUGAAGUCAGAGGAGUCAGGCAGCUGUACGGAUACCCCAAUCAAGAUUGAGGACCCCAACCAAUUUGUCCCUCUGAACACUAAUCCAACAGAAGUCCUGGAGAAACGAAAUAAGAUCCGAGAGCAAAACAGAGUGGAUUUGAUGACAGCUGGGCCAAAGUCUCAGCUUUUGGCCAAUAUUGUCAUAGACACACCUCCAGGACCUGCUUUCAUCUAUGAGGAUGAAGAGGAAAUGUCAUCUCUACCACCCAAUCCAUUCAGCCAAUCAGAGACAGAAUUGCAAGAGUAUACACAGAUUGUUGAGAAUAAACUCAACCAAUCAGAGGCUGAGGAUGUCACUGAUGUGGAAGAGAUGACCACAUAUGAUGGCUCCACCAUCUCCCUCUCAUUCUCUCCACUGAAGAGUCCUGAGAAAGAAGACACACUCCUAGAUCUGUUGCACAAUGGAGAGGAUGAGUUGCUGCAGGAUGAUGACAUCACUCUACAGGUCACUGAGCUCAGCAUCACAAAAGAGAUGCAGGUUUCUAUAACAUCCACUGUCGCUGACAACAUACCUGACUCAGGCCCUAUUGGUAGCCAAUCAAAGUCCCCUCAAAAAAAGAAAAAGAAAUUCCGUACUCCCUCUUUCCUAAAAAUGAGUAAAAAGAAAGGAAAGGAAAGGGGGAAAGGAAAAGAAAAGGAGAGUGAAAAGGUGAAAGAAAAAGAGAAGAUGACUGAAAAAGAGAAAGAAAGAGAAGAAGAAAAGGAGAGGAAUUAAAACAAAAAUAAGUGAAAAUGAAAAUUGAAACAUUUGAAAUCAGUGGCCAUACAGAAUAGACUUAUGUUUUAUGGGUACAUAUUAAAGCAAUGACGAGCCUGAAUGGCUUAAAUACUAUACUCAGAGAACUUAUCUUUCAUCUUCGUUACAUUUUUGAUUUUUUUUAAACACAGUCUUAAUAAGAGCUCUUGUAAUUUAUGUAAAAUCCCACUGAUAUAUUGUUAUUUUCGGGUAUAGUUUACAUUACUACGUUUAAGUUACUCUAUGCGUACACACACACAUACAUACUCAUACACACACAGACAAAAUGUGUUGGUGGUUCUCUAUCUGACACAAGUGCUAGUUUAGCUACUGAUGAACUUCCUGACUGCAUAAUUGCUGUUUUGUGCAUUUCUGUGGGACACAGAGUGUAUUUGCUGCUUCUGUGAGUGAUGUGUGGAUUAAGAGUGAAGUGAAGUAGGGAGAGGUGUUAAUGGCUGUAAUUAUUUUUGAUACACAGAAGUUAUUCAGGAUUUAUGAAUAUGGACAUUGGUAGUGUGUUAUAUUGGUGGGGUGGAAACCUUUCCUGUUAGAAGUGUAAUGGUGCCAUAGUGUGAAAACACUUCUCUGACAUCAUCAGCCAUAGUUUCAGUGCUUAUACAGUGGCUUCUCACACUGCUCUCAGCAGUACUUUUAAAAAUCUGGUACAUUUUAGCUGUAAGCAUAAAAUGCUUUUAAAAGUAGGUUAAAUACAGAGUAAAAAAUAAUUUUGUGAAAGCAGGUCUACAGUAUCUAGUUUUGUGUAAAUGCACUGGAUGCUUUUCCCUAUUCUAUAAAUAUGCAGUUAAAUGUGUUUUGUAAUAGAAACUGCCAGUGAUCAUGACUUUCAUGGCUGGUUAAAUAUUGCCUUUGUGGGUAACUACUGUAGUGUGGUGGUGAUGUGUACAUGUUUUGUAUCCUUAUUGCAAGUGUUAGUUACAUUUUUAGUUUUUUAUUAUCAGUCAUCUAAAUCAGACCAGUGCAGAAGAGCCAAGGUCCUGUAUAAUUCUGAAUAGAGGAGGCUCCAUGCACUUGUUUUUGAUUGCUAUAUAUAUUCCACAGAUGAACUGACCUAAUGUGAAAAAUUAUUUUAGGUAUAGGAGUUGGUUAGCUAUCUGUCCAAGCUAUUCAGACCUGUAUAUUCUCUAGCUACAACUGCUACAGCUGUAAAUGUUGUAAGCACACACUUCCUACGAAAUAACAACUAAUGCCAUAGUUUGUAUUCAUCUCUUAUCUGACAUUGAAAAAAAAAUGCUCAGAUUGCUCAGAUUAAGCUUUGUUCAGGGGACCUGGAAGUACCUUGUUAACAUCAAUGCCAAAGGUUAGAAUGAUCUAGUAUGUGAGUAAACUUUGCAGAUUCGAUGACAUUCUAGAUAGCACCAAUAGAGAAUUGGAUACAAACGCUACAUUCAGAGAGUCACUUUUUUCUUCUCUUUAUGGACACUUAAAUCCCCAACUAUGAUAAAUUUGUAAGUAGCCAAAAAGAUGUAUCACAAUUUACAAUAUUCCUAUAAAACCUCAGGAGGCUUAUGUGUAGUAACAAGUGUAAACAAAUUUAUCUCUGAGAGUAACAUUUUAAAUCAACAGUUCCAAACACGCUAAACUGACGAUACUUAUAUCCAUAUUCAAUAAAUUCAUUGCAGUUGCAUAGUUUGUCAGUUUCUGUCAAACAAAAAACAAAAUUAUACUCAAUAAACAUUAUGUAAUAACAUAGCUAUUGGUUAUUAAACAUGCUAUCAAAAUACCAUGAAAGAGAUUAAUUUAACUUUGGAGAGCAAUGUCAUUUCCCAUUAGGGCACAAAGUAUGUCCUUAGCAUGUUUCACCAGUUUGAAUAGUAAAAAUGUGUGGAAAAGGAUUCUGUUGGAAAAUUUUUCAGUGCAAAGACAUCAAUACCACAACCAAGUGUAACUUUGAGUACUAGCUCAACCAUUAUCUCAUUAGCUCAACAAAUAUAAGAUUUAUAUUCUGGAAAUUCUGGAAAAAUCAUAACCUAUAGAAGUAAAGACAUUUUAAUACUUUCUAUGAGUUUUAUCAGAAAAUAAUAUAAUUUUCAUGUCAGCGGUUACACAGGCGUUUCCUGCGUACCAAGACUGCGGGACCCAUUUUUUAUAUAUUAGUAUAACACCACGGGUUCUAAAAUUAGGAUAGAGAAGUUUUUUCUUGUAAAAUGUAAGCUUAUGACAAAACCAGUUUAUGUUUUCUAAUAAUACAACUCUAUUAUAGAAGCCAGAAGCGCUAGUUUUUUCCAGAAAAGAGUCUACUUAAGGAUUUCUUGCCUCGAGUACUGCAAAACUGUUUCUAACACAAACGAUUGGAAUCAGCAGUGGCUUAAGCUUGUAAAGAUCUGACUCUUAGACAUUCUCACUGGAAUGAAAGACUCAUACGCUUCACUAAAAGGUUUCUCUUGACUUUUUUGCAGUAAAAUUACACCAUUAUUUCUGUAAACAGUGCUUAUGUAAGGCAGCUAGCCUCCAUCUGUUCCUGCUAUACUUCAGUAUUUAAAGCAGCAGUAUUUCAUUUGGAGGAGACAUAAACAAGCCAUCAUUCACUCCAUCAUCAUUUAACAAUAAAGAUAAAUUAAGUAUGUAGCAGGAAGAAGUGUUUUGUCAUAACAGGCAGGAGUAUCUUUCCUAAUGCUUCAUGUCCCACACACACUAAUUAAUUUCUCUUCCUGGUUUCCAUGGUAGCUUUAAAUAGAUUGUUUUCAGUCUGAUAGUAAUGGCAAUUUGAUCUGUCAGGUGUAUUUGCUCACUUCUGAGGUGAAUAAUGAAAUAGGCUGGAUGUGUAUUUGAAAUGGCAGCACAUGUGACAGUGUAGCCACAAGUGUGAGAUCCACAGGUGAGCUCCCGUACAAUCACCUUCCAAUAUGUCUGUCAGUGGAAGACACUAACCAGAGCUCUCUCUUUAUAAUAAUAUCUAUAUAUUGCAUCUUCUUGUAUCUAAUUGAGGUAUUUUUUGUAUUUGAUGCAUUUGAUAGUUAAUUCAGUAGAUAAAAUCAUUUUAGAGCUUUUAAUUGAAUUGUAAUGCAAUAAGGAUAUUUAAAUUAGUGUUCUCCUCUUGCAUUUUUUCCUGUAUUUAAAUAAACUUGGUUGAUUUUAUAAGCUAUCUCUGAACUUUAUUUACAAAUUAAAAUAUUUGCAGGAUCAGACCUUACAAAGCGCACAUCUUGCUUUCUCUUUCUUUGAGAAUGUAAUCUGUAAUCGAUAUUGCUGAUAUCUGUUUGCAUGAAAACCUACUAGUUAAUAGGUGGGUUUAGUGUGCAGCAUCCAUUUAGUUACGACAACAUUUACA